UGCUCCGCCCACAUUUCCCCUUGCCUGUCUUGCUGUCGAGGUGCCGGGAGCGUGCUGGUUGAGCGCGAGCCGCCUCUCUCUCUCUCUCUCCUUCCGGUCCGGAUCCCUCCGCCAGCCGCACAGCCUUCCCGUCAGCCCGCGCGCUCUCUCUCUCUCUCCUCCAGCCGCCGCCGCCAUGUUCGGAGCCGCUGUCCUCCGGCGCUGUGUGUCUGCCGGUCUGCGGAGCCUCCCCCGCUGCCGCCUGCAGCCCUCCCCGGCAUGCACACCAGCUGCAGUAGCUGCUCGCUGUUAUUCUCAUGCCAAACACGAAUCAGACGAGGAGUUUGAUGCACGCUGGGUGACGUACUUCAACAAGCCAGACAUUGAUGCCUGGGAGCUGAGGAAAGGCGUGAACACCCUAAUUGGUUAUGAUCUGGUUCCAGAACCAAAAAUUAUUGAUGCUGCAUUGCGUGCAUGCAGACGGUUAAAUGACUUUGCAAGCACAGUCCGCAUUCUAGAAGCUGUGAAGGACAAGGCUGGACCUCAUAAGGAAAUCUACCCCUAUGUUAUUCAAGAGCUUAGACCAACUUUAGAUGAGCUUGGUAUCUCCACCCCAGAAGAGUUGGGCUUGGAUAAGGCAUGAGCAUUACAGGGGAUCCAUCCAAAUAUUUUAUCUUCAAUGCUACUUGAUUGUACACAGCCAUCCAGAAAUGCAAAGACAUUAACGUAUUACCUUAUUUGAAAAAAAGAAAAUGCAACAAUUUGUUCUUUUAUGGAGUCCUAUUGUGUGUAAUAUUAUGUCGGACCUAAUAAAGGGACAUUGUUUCAA